AUGUUAUCUGUUAACCUCCUUAAGAAGAUUCCUUUAUCAAAAUCAGGGUUUUUUGUGAAGGGUCCAAGAUUUAGUUUGCACGGACGGGAGGUGGCGAGCGGGCGGCCGGUGCUGCUGGAGAUCGCCACGACGGCCUGCCAGGGCGCCGACACGCAGGUCAACUACCUCGAGCACGUGCAGGCCGUCAUCACGCUCAACGCGUCGCGCCGCGGUGACGUCGAGCUCUUCCUCACGUCGCCCAUGGGCACCCGCUCGAUGAUCCUGAGCCGUCGAGUGAACGAUGAUGACCGCCGCGACGGCUUCACCAAGUGGCCCUUCAUGACGACGCACACGUGGGGCGAGUACCCGCAGGGCACGUGGGCGCUCGAGGUGACGUUCAACUCGCAGACGCCGCAGUCGGGCUUCAUCAAGGAGUGGACCCUGAUGCUGCACGGCACCCGCGACCCGCCCUACAGCGAGCUGCCGGUGUCCGACCCGCACUCCAAGCUGGCCAUCGUGAAGAAGGCUCACGAGGAACGCAACAAGAUGUAGGCGCGUUGCCCCCCGCCACCGACUCCGCCGCUCCCUGCCCCCCGUCGUCCUCCAGCCCCCGCAACGUCUGCGCCCCCUCCCGCCCCCGCCCCCGCGACCAAGCUGCUGCUCGCAUCAGCUGCCCAUCCGCCAGUGGCGUAGCCAGAGCUCGACAUCUGUUGCCCCAACGGAAAGCAAAAGACUUAGGGACUGGCCUCAUCUGUAUCACGGCAUUGUGUUAGAUCUUGACAUCUGACACAAAGGAAAGAAACAAAUUCGGGACUAACUGGAAUUGUGUGUCACAUGGGUCACAGGGGAUUUCGCUACGUCCGAAACUAACUACAGGAAGCGUGAACCCUAAGUGUUUAUUUUCGUAUUUAUUCUUAUUCAUCCUCCUCGUUUUAGAUCGAGAAUCGACCGUACCUCUCUUGAAAUCUACCGUCCGUGAAAAGUAAAAGAAUCUGAGCAACUAACUGCAAUGGAACGUGGCAUAUGAAGGAGAAAGGCAGUUUCGCCAUUUUCGCUAUCAGCUUGAGGAAGCGUGCUCAUCCUUAAGUCUUAAUUUUCUUGUUCUUCGUCCUCUUCUUUGAUCUUGGACUAACAGUCCCGCUCUUCAAAUCUGUUGCUGUUCCAAAGCGGAAAGAUAAAUGAAUUUAGAGAUUAGGCCCCAUUGGGGGAUGAUUGAAUUGAGAAGACGAACCCAAUUCCGUUGCGCGUAAAUGACGAUGGGGAUGUUCUGCCGACCUCAUUGCUCGCUGCUUAAAGCUUUGCCACGAACUUUUAUU